CUGGGACCUUGCCGUGUCCCUGGGACCUUGCCGUGUCCCUGGGACCUUGCCGUGUCCCUGGGACCUUGCCGCUCCUGGCUCACUUCCACACGCUGUUGUUGCCUGGAGCAGCAGGGCUCACUCUGUACCUGGCUGGAGAGGCUCACUCUAAUGAACACAGUUUCAAUCAAAUCAGGAUAUAAAAUGUCUUUAUUCUUCCAUCGCUUGUGUGCAUGGUUGGGAGCCACUGCUCCUGGAUUUUGAAACCAGCCUUCCUUCCCCUGUCUCCUUAUUAAUACUGUUUCUGUUCUGACACAGGUUGUAGGUUUCUCCUUGUUUCUCCUGAUAAAUGUGUGUAGAUCCUACAACCUUCUCUGUGUAAUAUCCUCACACAUUGACUCUGCUUUGCUAACCUGACUUUCCAGGUAAAACACAAUGAAAUGCUUAUCAGGGCUUCUUUUUUUUUUAAUGAGAAAUUAGAGUAUUUCCUGUAAUUUUAAAUAAAAUGCUAUUUCCUUUUCCUGACUCUAUAUGGACACCUGACCAUAGGAGUUUCCAAUCAGAGUGCAUUUAAUUAUAGAAACUGUAGCAAGGAAAAGACCCAGCCCUGUGGUGGAGACUGCUUACUUUGUAUUAAACCUGUUUGCUUGGGUAAAACUGAACAUGAAGGAAAAACUUGGAUGCUAACAACAUUUUUAAGAAGUUUGCUCUCUUCUUCCCCUGUAAUAAAAACUUUUGGGUCUAAAUUUAGCUUGGAGAAUCUAAAUUUUCCAGGAGAGCUAUUCCAUGUUCUGUGACUUAAAGGAUAGUUUAUUUGAGAGGUGACUUUGUUUUAAAGAGGCCUCAAUUGCUUUGGGACCCACUUCCACGUAGGAUAAGUUUAAUUGAAUGUAAUGCAAGUCUAUUGAGGGUGGGGUGAGGUAGAAAGACACUAUUUCUACAAUAUAUAGCUUAAAAUUGUAAAAAAACAUAAUAGAUUACCCAUUACUUGGAAGCUUUAUCUAUCUGUAAUUCAAUUUUUUUCCAGAUGUUGUGCAGUCAUCAGCUGCUCACUUGUGGCUGCUUUAUGGUUUUUGUAACCAGGUCGUUGUGAAUUUUCCAGCUCUGUUGCCACAAGUGUCACUUAGAGGUUGUGAGUGCUGCAUGUGUGCUUUUCAGAGCAGUAGUGUGAGGAAGCUGGCAGUGGAAUGGCAGGACGGCCUCAUCCUUAUGACAGUAACUCCAGUGAUCCAGAGAAUUGGGAUCGGAAAUUGCAUAAUAGACCUCGUAAACUUUGUAAACAUUCAAGCACCUCAUCCCGUGUUGCUAAAGGAAUAGACUGCACCAAAAUGAGCCUUCAUGGUGCGAGUGGUGGACACGAGAGAUCGAGGGACAGGCGCAGGUCCAGUGACAGAUCUCGUGACUCGUCCCACGAAAGAGCAGAGUCUCAGCUCACUCCGUGCAUCAGGAAUGUCACUUCACCCACAAGGCAGUAUCAUUCUGAUCGGGAGAAGGAUCACAGUUCAUCUCGGCCCAGCAGCCCCCGGCCCCAGAAGACAUCCCCCAAUGGUUCAGUUGUCAGCAUGGGCACCAGCAGCAGGAACAGCAGCCAGUCCAGCUCAGAUGGCAGCUGCAAGGCUGGUGGGGAAAUGGUGUUUGUGUAUGAAAAUGGCAAAGAGGGAGCUCGGAACGUCAGAACUUCCGAGCGAGUAACGCUCAUCGUGGACAACACCAGAUUUGUUGUAGAUCCUUCCAUCUUCACUGCACAACCUAACACCAUGUUGGGCAGGAUGUUUGGAUCAGGUAGAGAACACAACUUUACACGGCCCAAUGAAAAAGGAGAGUAUGAAGUUGCUGAAGGAAUUGGUUCCACUGUGUUUCGUGCUAUUCUGGAUUACUACAAGACUGGGGUGAUACGCUGUCCUGAUGGGAUAUCUAUUCCUGAGCUGAGAGAAGCAUGUGACUAUCUCUGUAUCUCCUUUGAGUAUAGUACCAUAAAAUGCAGAGAUCUGAGUGCUCUGAUGCAUGAAUUGUCAAACGAUGGGGCCCGCAAGCAAUUUGAGUUUUACCUGGAAGAAAUGAUUCUGCCAUUAAUGGUAGCCAGUGCCCAAAGUGGGGAGAGGGAGUGCCACAUCGUUGUGCUGACAGAUGAUGAUGUUGUUGACUGGGAUGAAGAGUAUCCCCCCCAGAUGGGAGAGGAGUAUUCACAAAUUAUUUACAGCACAAAGUUGUACAGAUUCUUCAAAUACAUUGAAAACAGAGACGUGGCCAAAUCAGUUCUGAAGGAAAGGGGGCUCAAGAAGAUCCGACUGGGCAUUGAAGGUUACCCCACGUACAAGGAGAAGGUGAAGAAGCGGCCGGGCGGGAGGCCGGAGGUGAUCUAUAACUACGUGCAGCGGCCGUUCAUCCGCAUGUCCUGGGAGAAGGAGGAGGGCAAGAGCCGGCACGUCGACUUCCAGUGCGUCAAGAGCAAAUCCAUCACCAACCUGGCGGCGGCGGCCGCCGACAUCCCGCAGGACCAGCUGGUGGUGCUGCACCCCACGCCGCAGGUGGACGAGCUGGACAUCCUGCCCAUGCAGGCCGGGCCCGGCAGCAGCGAGCUGGAGGCCGAGGGCCAGAACCCCCCGCUCUGAGCGCGCUGCCCCGCACAAGCAUGUUCCCUGCAGUGCCCUGCCCGCCGUGCCCCGCUGUCUCCCCGCUCCGUGCCGCUCUCCGGGAUGCGCCGGGCUCCCGGGGAUGCUCGGGGAGGAGCGGGCUCCGGCGCCGGGCUCGCUGUCUGUGUUUGCCCGUGGGUUUGUGACCUUGGUGACUCCUGAGCUGGCCUGGCCCCGCCGCCGGGGCACGGGCAGCGCGGUGGGAAUUGAUAGUAGCACUUUACAAAUGGUUGAGAAAUGGAAUUUGAAGCCAUUUUUUAUAAAUGUAUUGCACAAUACUAACAAAAGUGCUUCUAUCAAAGGUAUUAACUGUACAUAGUUUUGCUCUGAAUAGAUUGACCCUUUUAAAGUUAUUGUAUAUGGUUGAGCACAAAACUACUUACUCUUGGGUUUUUGGAUUGAGGACGUGAUUCAAUGACCCGUGCAACAUCUUGUCCGAGUUCUUCAGUGAAUUUUUUCACUCGUUUGCAGCGUGAGCCAUGUUCAAAAAUUGUGAACAACGGACAGGGGCUUUAUCUUAAAUUUUGCCUUACCUUAAGCUGUUCACAAAUAUUUAUUUAAUACAUUUUUCAUAAGUGUCAUGAGAUAGGAAAAUGCAAAUGGUUCAUUCUUCAUUUAUUAAUGAUUGUAAACAGGUUUUUCAUGCAAAUAAAGUUUCCAUUAUUUUAAUGGCCUUGAA